AUGUCUCAAGAUUUAUUCCUUCGCAUUGUUAACGCCAUAAAAGCUCACGACACUUACUUUAUACAGCAAAGAGAUGGGGUCGGUAGACUUGGAUUGUCUACGCUUCAAAAAAUUACAGCUGUGUUCCGAAUGUUGGCAUAUGGUCUACCAGCGGAUGCUACUGAUGAAUACAUUAAAAUAGGAGAGUCGACAGCAAUCGAAAGUUUUAAGAGAUUUUGUCGUGCUGUUGUGGAGGUUUUUGCAGAACAAUAUCUGAGAUCGCCUAACACUAAUGACAUUGCCAGACUACUACAUAUUGCUAAACAACGAGGUUUCAAUAAUGACAUUAAUGUUUUAGAGGCAUCUCAUCUUUUUGCAAAACUCGCUGAAGGUAUUGCUCCUCAUGCUCAUUAUGUCAUUCAAGGUAAACAUUAUAACAUGGGUUACUAUUUAGCUGAUGGUAUAUAUCCAAAAUGGUCUACUCUUGUACAAACAAUUCAUGAUCCUCGUGGUCUAAAAAAAAGUUGUUUGCAAUGA